AUGGGGGCUUCAGGCUACGGCUACUAUCGUGCAGUCAUCUUCUUCUGCAUGUUCAUCGGCUACUCGCUCUAUUUCUUUAACAGAAAGACCUUCUCAUUCGUCAUGCCCUCUGUGAUGGAGGAGAUAGAACUGGACAAAGAUGAUCUGGGUCUGAUCACCAGCAGCCAGACUAUGGCCUAUGCCAUCAGUAAGUUCAUCAGCGGUGUGCUGUCAGAUAAGAUCAGCGCCCGCUGGCUUUUCUCCAUUGGCCUCUUCCUGGUAGGGGGCAUCAAUGUAGUCUUCUCCUGGUCCUCUACUGUAUCCAUGUUCUCUCUGCUGUGGUUCAUCAAUGGCCUGGGACAAGGCUGUGGCUGGCCCCCAUGUGGGAAAGUGCUCCGCAAGUGGUAUGAGCCUUCCCAGUUUGGAACAUGGUGGUCUGUGCUGUCCUGCAGUAUGAACCUGGCUGGGAGUCUGGGUCCAAUCCUGGUGUCCGUGCUGCUGCAGUACUACGACUGGAGGACCAUCCUAACCAUGUCAGGCAUUUUCUGCUCUGCCUUCUCAUUUGUUUGUGUCGUGUUUGUAAAGAAUGAACCAAAGGAUGUGGGCCUGCCCAGCAUCGAGGCAACAGCCAAGAAGGGCGUGAAGGGAGGAAACAGUGAAAGCACCCUAAGUGAAUUCCUCCUCUCACCUUUCCUGUGGGUCCUGUCUCUGGGUUACUUGGUGGUGUUUGGGGUGAAGACAGCCGCCACCGACUGGGGGCAGCUGUUCCUCAUGCAGGAAAAAGGCCAGACUGCUCUCAUGGGCAGUACCUACAUGAGUGCCUUGGAGGUUGGGGGCUUUGUGGGCAGCCUUGCCUCAGGUGUCAUUUCGGACAGAGCUGUGGCUCGGAAAGGCUUGGGCACCCACGGCAACCCUCGCCACAGCCUGCUUAUUCUCAUGAUGGCUGGCAUGUAUUUGUCCAUGUACCUCUUCAGAGUGACCAUCACACCUGAAAUCCCAAAGGAGGCUCCACUUUGGGUUCAAGUCAUUCAUCCUGUAUCCACUCUCAUUGGAGUGUCAGAAAAAGAGAUUUGGAUCCUCUUCCUUGGUGCCAUGUUUGGAUUUUCUUCUUACGGACCAGUCGCCUUGUUUGGGGUGAUAGCCAGUGAAAGUGCUCCUUCAAAUUACUGUGGAACGUCUCAUGCUGUUGUAGCUCUCAUGGCUAAUGUGGGGGCUUUCAUGGCGGGGCUUCCCUUCAGCAGUAUUGCCAAGCAGCACAGCUGGGACAUGGCAUUCUGGGUAGCUGAGGUGAUAAUGGGCAUCACCACCAUUGGAUUCUUCCUUGUACGCAACAUGCGCACCAAAAUGGGACGGAUCGUAGAGAAAAUGGACUAAAGUCCCUUUUGGUACAUUUGGUGGCUCUAUGUACAAAAUACUGCACAUUAAUACAGCUCCAGCUUGACCAAAAUAAACAAACAAAACAAGACUAAUCAAAAAAUAUUUGACAGCAUCCUCAGGGCCAAUUCAGGUCAUGAAAUCACUUGUUUAAUCCCAGGUAAUCCCACAUGCAUAGAUUAAUGUUAAACAGCACAUAGAUCCAGUAGAUCCUUGCUCAUCACAAGCUUAAUGCUAGAAACAGUUUUCACAUACACAUGCUUAAAAAUGAUCUAAUAGCUGUAUGCUAAAGAAAACAUACCAACAUGAAAGUUUCUAAAGGUGUGAGUGGGUUUUCUUGAAUUAAACUGUAUGUGGUGCUCAUUCCACAUCCUGCCUUAAGUGCAGGUCAUUUCUAUUUAGCAUAGUGAAUAUUGACUGAAGAAUUAAAGGUAGCAUUUGUCAUUGUUCACUAAUACCUCAAGUAUUUGUAAAAUUUUAUUAUUUCAUUCACGAGUUCACUGACAUGAAGCAUUUGGAGACCAUAUUUUUCUACACAGUUGAUAGUUUAAAGAUGUCUUCUUGGGUUAUGUCAGCUUUUCUGAUCUUACGUGUGUUUUUUAGAAAUGAUGAGCACUGGACAUUUGAUACACAACAGAUGAUAAAUUCACUGCCAUUGUAGUUGUGUAGAGCAGAUUUUAACUUUCGGGAUAAAUAAAGUAUAAAAACAACACUGGAUUAUAAACUGUUAAAUUACUAUCUCAACAAGCGGAGCUUUGUCAACUGGGAGGUUACAGUAAGUGUUGCUUUGGUAUGUCUUACUGAAAUUGUACUGGACUGGAAAGAGUU